UUCACUCCUAAUAAAACCCUCAGCAGCUCUUCCCGCGGGCCACUGCGUUACAGCUCAGCGUCCAGCACCGCGCCUCCUGUGUUUCAGACGGACCAGAGAAGCUGCUAUGACUCAGAGUAACGGAGAGACGCGGCAUCAUGGCGGCCGGAUUCAGCAGAUCAGAGAGAGAGUGACGGAGCGAUCGAUCCGAGCACGGAAUGCUGUGCAGAACCUCACUGCUAAAGACAUCCAGUCCUGCUUCAAGAGGAAUGCCUUCGUCAUCCUCACCAUCACUGCUGUCAUCAUUGGUGUCAUUCUGGGUUUUAUGUUGCGUCCCUAUCAGUUGUCGUAUCAACAGGUGAAGUACUUCUCCUUUCCUGGAGAGCUGCUAAUGCGCAUGCUGCAGAUGUUAGUGCUCCCCCUGCUGGUGUCUAGUCUAAUUACAGGCAUGGCUGCAUUGGACAGUCGAGCGUCAGGCAGGAUGGGUGUACGGGCCGUGAUCUACUACACCACCACCACCGUCAUUGCCGUCAUCAUCGGAAUCAUCAUGGUGGUGAUCAUCCAGCCAGGAAAGGGCGGAGUCAAGCCACAGACACUCUCACACCAGAGUUUAGAGAAGGUGAAUGCCGCUGAUGCCUUCCUCGACUUAAUAAGAAACAUGUUCCCUCCAAACUUAGUGCAGGCCUGUACACAACAGUUUAAGACUCGGGCUGGGAAGCGGACGGUGACCGUGAGAGUGUCAGUGAACGGUACAGUGAAUGGUUCCAGUACGUUUGAGGACCGGAGUUAUGAGGAGGACAUCCCUGUUCUUGGCACAGUGAACAGCAUCAACGCCCUCGGCCUCGUCGUCUUCUCUAUGACCUUCGGCCUCAUCAUCGGCAGCAUGAAGGAGCAGGGUCAGCCACUCCGGGACUUCUUCGACUGUCUCAACAGCGCCAUCAUGAGGCUAGUCGCCGUUAUCAUGUGGUACGCUCCUGUGGGGAUCCUCUUCCUGAUUGCAGGGAAAAUCCUGGAAAUGGAAGACCUGUCAGCAAUGGGUGGAGCUCUAGGCCUCUACACCAUCACUGUCAUCAUGGGCCUGUUCAUCCACGCCACCCUUGUCCUGCCCACCAUCUACUUCCUGGUUACACGCAAAAACCCCUUUGUGUUCAUUGGGGGUCUCUUACAGGCCCUCAUCACUGCACUGGGCACCUCCUCCAGCUCUGCCACACUGCCCAUCACGUUUAAGUGUCUGGAGGAGAAUAACGGUGUGGAUAAACGUGUAACGCGGUUCGUGCUGCCGGUUGGAGCCACAAUCAACAUGGACGGCACGGCACUGUACGAGGCGCUCGCUGCCAUCUUCAUCGCUCAAGUCAACAACAUGAACCUCAACUUCGGCCAGAUCCUCACGGUCAGUAUCACAGCCACGGCAGCAAGUAUCGGGGCAGCGGGGAUCCCUCAGGCCGGCCUGGUUACCAUGGUGAUAGUGCUCACCUCUGUAGGACUGCCCACCGAUGACAUCAGUCUCAUCAUUGCAGUUGAUUGGUUCCUAGAUCGUUUGCGAACCACCACUAAUGUUCUGGGCGACUCAAUUGGCGCAGGCGUGGUGGAGUUUUUGUCCCGUCACGAACUUCACGUGGCUAACGUGGAACUCGGGAACUCAGUUCUGGAGGAGAGCGAGAACAACAAAGUGCCAUAUCACCUUGUCUCUCAACAGAACGAGUGCGAGAACGACAAAAUCCCCAACAAUGAGACCAGCAUGUAGCUGAAUAUCCUGAUGACUGAAACAAACCCAACGCCUUACAGAAAGCACAACACUCUCCCUCAGACACUGAUGCAUUAGGGGUAAUGUGGACUCAACAUCCUGUCAGGAAUUUAGCAUUAUUUUGUUUCUGUUGUUUCUUUUCUAAUCAAUGAACUCUUAUAAAAAUCAUAAAUUAACAUAGAAAAGUUAAAGGUUCUGACUGCAAAGUUGAAUUCUGGGUAAAUGUUCCGUCUCUGUUGCUGUUGGAGUUUGGAGAUGUUGCGCUGCUGCACACACACACCGUGUAUCCUGUGUGUAAAUGUUUUGCCGAGAUAAAAAACAUCCCACGUUUUACGAUUCUGGAGAUUGCUGAAGUAAGUGAGCAGUAAUAUCACGUGACCACCGUGGGGCGUGUUUGAGCUACUUUUAACCAAAAGCCUGCCUAGUGAGUGCAACUGCAAAGUAGAGCAGAGUUAAUGGCGUGUCAUUUUUCUGGACAGAUAACUAAAUCAUUCUAGCAAGCAUUUAGAUAUCUUAGCCUUAGCAUACAUGGGCUCAACUCCACAGUAGCGAGUAUGGAGUUAUUGGGGCCUUCCACAUGACGUCAUCAUAACUGCAGGUUUGUUUACGCAGCCAUGUUUCCUGGUGAGCUCUGUGUUUGAUGACCGGUACAAGUGUACAUGAGGGAUUGUGAGCCAAAUUCAGUGCAUCUCCAGAUAAACCUGUAGAUGUUCCAUCUAAAAGAACAACGCCAGAGACCUGUAGUGCUUUUGGAUGGAAUAACAGAUGUGGAGAUAAACCUGGUUUAACUUUGCACUGCUUCCUGAAGAGACCAGAAAGACGAGAAAAAUGUUGAGCUGCAGUUAAACAGGAAGAAAAACAUCCCUGUGUGUGUGAAGAAUAUUUUAUAUCCGGUUAGUGUGAAAGCUCUGUGUAACGUUAAACUGUGAACGUGAGCUUUGAACACGAUAUAUUUAGCUCUUCUGUCCAUAAAGCCGAUGAGCUGUUGCCAUGGUGUGGCAGCCAUCAUCCGUCUGUCAUCCACAAUUCAGUUAAAUCGUAUCUACUCCGUCAGUUCUCCGCGGAGUUCCGUUCUUAUUGUUUUGUUUGAAAGAACUCAUCACUCUGCACAAAACUGGGUCAUUGUUUUGUCAGUUUUUUUUGCUAACAAGUUAGUGAUUAGGCCAAAUUAACGAAUUUUCCAGGCCUCUCACUAGAAUUGUAUCUCCUCUCUCAUUUCUCAUCUAAUUCCAGUUCUGAUCGUUGUUUUGGGUCGAUCUUCCCUUGGGGAACAAAAUUUAGUCCUUUGUUGAUUUUCCUGUUGUAAACAGUUUGUCAUAGAGGUUCUGUUUAAUGUUUUUUUUUUUUUUAAUUUUCAGUUCUGUUUGAUGUUUUGGUCGUCAUGGUUGUUUUGAUGGCAGGCCAGAUGAGCUACUAUGUCCUUGAUGUUCUGGUUUAUUAGACCUAAUGCUUGACUCCACUAGCAGUGUGUUUGUUCUGUACUGAUAAUGUAGACUCGGCUGAACACCAUAAAAUAUGUUAGGUCUUGGCUCUGGCGUGUUUAUUACUGUUAGAAGGCCACAUUUGAGCUUACCUUUGCCAUAAUAAGGUCUUUAUUGGGAAUUUCCCAUAACAUUCCGACAUGAAACCUGCCUUGAAAUAUCGGUAGGCAUCUGGACUUUUGUAAGCUUUUAGCAUUUCCAGUGUAUUUAGAAGUUUAAAUACUAAACAGUUCAGGAUGUCGUAGUUUCCCAAAUCUGGUAGCUGGUUCGCUGAACAGUUUUCAAGUGGAAUAAAUGCAUUUGAGGGUAAAUUGCACGGCUCUGUGAUGCUGUUUGUUUCAGCUUUUGGACCUAACACGAUCUGCUGUUAUAAAAUACAUUUUUAAUUGUCACGAUGUUUUGUGUGCAUUGCUGUUGUGGUGUGAUGCAGUUCCAUAGUUAUGCUAAUUAGUUAAAGCUCCUCGCGUUUGGCUAUUUCCGUAGGGCCGUACUGUUUACCUCAAGAGGGAGGAAAAUGGUCCCAAAAUGGAGGAAAAUGACCCUCAGCACAUCAAAAUGAUCACAUCUCGUCCACAUUAUAUUGUUUUUGCGAGAUGGAGGAAAAUGCCAUUGUAAAACGUCCCUGAUGUGGGUGGAGUUCAGAAGCAUGGCAGGCAGGAGCUGAUGUUCACACACACUUUAUUAUGCCUCCGCCACCGUAAGGUGCAGGAGGCAUUAUGUUUUUGGGUUGUCCGUCUGUCCGUGCGUCCGUCCGUGCUUGCGUCUGUCCCGAAACCUUGUGAACGCGAUAUCUCAAAGGCUAAUGAAAGGAAUUUCACCAAACUUUCACCAUUUGUGCGCUUUGGGACAAACAUGAACUGAUUAGAUUUUGAGAUCAAAAGGCCUAAGGUCAAGGUCACUGUGAGGUCAAAUGUCUGUCCGAAAACCUUGUGAACACAAUAUCUCCAAGGUAGAUGAAAGGAAUUUUACCAAACUUUCACCAUUUGUGCAUUUGGGGGCAAAGAUAAACUGAUUACAUUUUGAGGUCAAAAGGUCUAGGGCCAAGGUCACUGUGAGGUCAAAUGUCUGUCCGAAAACCUUGUGAACACAAUAUCUCCAAGGCUGAUACAAGUAAUUUCACCAGGUCACGAUUACUGUGAGGUCAAGUGUCCAUCCCCAAAUCACAACUUAAUAAGGCGUGUAGUCCACCGGGCGGAGGCAUCCCCAUCGACACCAUUGGCGUCGAGUUCUAUCUAGUUUUUACUGUUUUCUUUGGUUUUCAGCUUCAUUCACUCAUUCGUGGCUCUCACACACACACACACACACACACACACACAUGUUCUGGUUGGGAGAGCUCUCGUCUCUUUGCUCUCUGCCUCCUUUUCUAAUGUCCAUUGUCACUGCAACACACACACACACACACACACAACAUUAAUUGACAACAGCUGCAUUGACUUUGCCACUCACCUUCCUUGGCCCCGCCCUGCAGUCACAAACUGAUGCUAGGCCACUCCCCUGCUGCCACAGCCAUGCACAAUAAAAAAAAUUUGAAAACUUCAGAUGACUUUGCAGUCAGCACCGUUAAACUGAAUUAGUAUGUAAACAUACUGCAUCAAAAUACAUUAUGCACAAUUAACAAAGCUGUAAACAACACAGUUAGCACUCUGCUAAUGAUCUAUGGAUGUAUAAACAGAUUUCAGUGGUGUGUAGUGACAGUUAACAUGUUUACAGGUCGAGUCAGUUUAUCUGUAUCGC